GCGUCCUGUUUAAACGAAAACAGGACGGAUCCCGCCACAACUUCUACCGAUCAAAAUGCCAAUAUUACCCUUGAAGAUUGUAUGUGCCCUAUAUGCCUAAGCAUUCUUAUUGAACCAGUCUCCCUACCCUGCAAACAUGUACUUUGUAUGCCCUGUUUCCGUUCAAAUAUCGAGGAAUCGAGUAUGUGUUGUCCGAUGUGUCGAGUUCGGAUCGCAACUUGGAGUAGACAAGCUUCACGCAAAAAAUGCCUUGUCGACGAAAAGCGGUGGCAGCAAAUCAAAACUCUGUUUCCAGACCAUGUACAGAAGCGUUUAGAUGGAACUGAUGAUACUGAUGAAGAUCUAAGAGCAUCCAGUAGAGCCAGUAGUUGCCUUAGGUUAGCCGAGCCGGGAGAGAUCAGGAAAGAAUAUGAAAAGGAACUGAAAAAGGUUGCCGAAGAAGAAGAAGCGAGAAAACAAGCCGAGCUUGAGGCUAGUGAAACACUGGUACGUAAACUGCAGGAAGAAGAACUACGGAAGGUGAACAAGUGGCAGAAUGAAAAAGCAAAUGCUGAGCAGACGGAUGAAGAGUUGGCUAGGCAGCUGGAGGAGGCACUCAGAAAGGAAGUUGUUUCACCUCCUGGAGUCCGUACAACUCGCCAUCGACCGCCUACACUUCUAGAUAAAUUCGUCAGUCGAAGCAGGAGACCAUCCAGCUGUGAUACGAGCCCUCAAGUACAAAGUGCCAAACCUGCCCUAAGGCCUAGUAGUGCCAGCCUCUUCUUUCCUUGCUCAAAAUCUCGAACUAAACCUAAGAGUCAGAUUCGCCAGGAGAAAUGUGCCACUGCUGGCACCAGUGAUGCAGGACAUUUUUUAGAGACUUCUUCCAGUAAUGUUGUUGUAGACUCUCAGCAGCCAAGUACUAGUGCAGCCUAUAGCGAUAUGCAAAAACCACCCGGUUCUGGCGGACUUGGGGAAACCUGCCUGCCAGGUAGGAAUGUUGUUAAAUCGAGUGCCAAAAUGUCCAGUGAAAAUUUUGUGACCGCUCCAAAUGUGUUUGAAUACCUGCAAGGUGUCGUGCCCAUUGAAAAAAGUAUGGAGUCUGACACUGGUUUAAUCAAUGUUGAAGGCAAACUAUGCAUUGCUGGCGACAAAGAAAAACUCUUGGGAAGGCAACCAGCCAAGUCGUUUGGUUCUGGUGCAUCUCGGUUAGAUCUCCAAAAGACCUGUGCUAAUCUAGCUGAACACAUUUUCAAGUCAAGUGCUGUCUUUCCUGGCGAAGACUUCCAGAACCUCUAUCCACAUCUGACCAGCCCGCCUUCAAAUCGGUCAUCCUCGCUGUACAGUCCGCUGUUGAUUGAUGAGAGUAAAGUCAAGGAGCUGGACUCGCCAGUUCCCGAUGUGAUGUUGUCAUCAUGUGCUAACAUGUCUGAAGUAUCCGCUACAAAAUCGCCGAGCGUUCGUGAAGUGAUAGUUCUGAGUUCUGAUUCAGAGAUGAGUCGAGAGAGUUCCGUUGUUCCCAUCAUGUCGAUACCUGUCAUUAACAUCACUGACAGUAGUGAAAAUAAUACUCCAGUUCCGUCAAGUUCUGGGGCUGGUGCCUCUGGGGAUGCAAGCACGAAACAUUCCCUGCGUUCUUUGAGUGUAACAGUAGAAAGACUUCCCACCCCUUCUUUUGCCCUCCUGCACCAGUCAUCCGAAGAUGAACCUUGUACGAGUUCCCAGGAAAAACGAAAACGUAGCAUGAGCGUCGAAAGUAGCGACAGUAUUUCACACGAGUUGGUUCAUUUUAAACCGAUUCAAAUUUGCCCACGGACUCCUCCAAAACGGCUUCCAAACGGUAAAGCAAUCAAACCUCCAUUUGUUGUUUGUACGCCGCUGAACUUGAAGAAACGAUUGUGCCAGUCUCCACCUUUACACUCAAUACCUCAGGCGUCGAUGGAAUUGAGUCCUGUCAUCAAGCGCCAGUUGCAAACUUUAGCUGCUGAACGUCUCCAACAAGUUCAGGUCCAUUCUAAAGGUAUUGAGACUGACGGUGAUCUAGUCCCACAUCCCUUGAGCCCGUCCCAACCCAGGACGAGUCUGUCGAAUUGUAAACCACCAGAGCCUGCGCUCACGCAAGCUUCUAAGAAACUGAACUUUGAUGGCAGCGGUGACAGUAGUGUUGGUGUCAAUAGACGACAUUUUGCACAAAUAGCUGAUUUUAUUGAGCAAAAUCGCAUGGAAAGCUUUACACUACCUGAGGACUUUAAUGUUGUGAAUACCACAUGUAUAACCAAAAAUCAUCAAGCGGACAGUGUUAAAAAUGAACCUCUAGUUGUGCAGGCAGAAAAGAUGGCGACGAAUAACUUUGAGGUGCCGAAAUGUGUUGAAAAUUCUGUAGAGAGUGUGAAGAAAAGUCCCGCUCGAGUUUAUAGUAUGCGUCGAAAUAAAAAACGGGUGAGGAAUUCUCAGGAGUGUUCUGCGGAGAGUGUGAAAAAGAAGAGUCUCGGCCAAGAUUCUCCAGGAACGCCCUCUGGCAUUCGCACGAUUGAGGACUGGAUUCGAAGUUCGCAAGAGAGACAGAAGAGUGAUCUGAAGAAUAUGAUCGAUACGGAACUGAGUACGACUUGUACGCCACCUAAGAAGCGUUUGCGUACUCGAGGUGCCAAUUAUUAUAAUGCAGACACAAAUGAUCGUUUGUGUACGGAAAAUAAUAGAAAAACUGACUUGAAAAUUAGGGGGUCACAUGGCGAUACCGUCCAAUAUGGAAAUGGGGAGAAAGUCACAACUGGUAAAUUAAAGAAAGUAAAACAGUCUAAAAGUCAGACAAAUUUAGAGUUUGCUCGCGAGCAACGACUCAAAUCUGAUUGCGAUUCUGAUUGCAGUUCUAUCGGAGAGCGGGUGGCUAAAAAUAGGAAAUGUAGAAAGACUCGUAGUAAUGUUGCAAAGGAGAAGAAAAAGCGGAAGUUCUCCGAGUUUGAACAAGCGUCUGAUGAGAUGUUUGGCAAGAAGUCGGGUGAUUCUGGCGCGGCUGAUUUAGCGGAUGAAGACGUCGAUUUGGAAACAAUGGACCGACGCUUGGCGUUAAAACUUCAGGAGCAGUUCAACUUCGAGGCCAAGAGCCAGGUUUCGAUGUACCGGUUGCGAGGGAGUAGCGAGGAGUAUUCAUUCCGUCGUAGAGCAAGGAGUUCGGCAACGAUAAAUAGCCAGGCUUCGUAGUUUAGUGCCUUCUGCAGUAGCAUUACAAAAUUGAAGUUGAAGGUCUGACUUUCUUCUAAGAAUAAUGUAUCAAUAUUAUAUAUGUAUGUGUUAAACAUUUUUACCCAUUUGACCUCUGUGACGUCAUCUCGAAAUCACUUGGAUGUUUCUGGGAGGUCGUCAGAAGUAUUCAGGUUUUAAUCACUUGAUGCCGAGGAUGACAGGAUGAUAUUGGAGGCCUCAUUAUAAAUCGCAUCACUCACAUAGCCUUGUCGGUCGAUUUGGCCAGUUUAAAUACUCUCCGCAGUGCAUUGUGGGUAUAUUUUGCACAAAAUAUGAUAAAAAAUUGAAAGUAUAAGGAAAAUUUCUCUAGUUUUAGGGUUGGUAUAAAGUAAUGGAUGUAAAUGAUAUUGGUAUCAAGUAUCAGGCAAGCAUUUUAAACAAAGUUUUAUUUUUGAUGAAACACGAGUCGAAAACGUUAUUCUAAUCUUCUAAAAAGAAGUAUCGGGGGCAUCAAAUAGGUUUCCAAGUAUGGCGGAUCCUACAAGCUGUUUCAAUCAAACCUGACAAAACUCGUAACCUCUUCUUUGGAGAGUGGUUUGUUGCCAACUAUUUAAAGAGGAGCAGCUAUUUCAACACAUUUUUGUUUUCUGGAGAUGCAUACUCGGUUUAAUUGAAGCAAUAUAUGGCAGUAUUUUUUGAGAGAAAUAGUUGUCAUUUCAUGUGUCAAAUUGAAUGGUGCUAUUCAGUCUUAGAUUCAUAAUAGAACAACAGCACAUGAACACUACAACUGGCAUCCGACAAGUGCUAGCUUCAUGCCGCUGUCAAUGCAUUUCUUGUACGACCCCUCCUCAGUGGUAAAAUGUACUUGCGACAUGACUUGUAAAUCUUGUGGUAAAGACAUGCCAUAGUGUGGUCAAGAAGGUCAUCACCCAUUGCCUAAGUUUAAUACUGGAUUCAAGUAAACACAUUGAUAUGUUGCAUCAAACAAGCAACAAAGAAAGGCAUUGAUGUCAGAAUGGCUACUCAUUUUAUGUUAAAUUUUCCAAGAUCUUCGCCAGUUGCCAGAGUUCUUAUAAUCUGCUGUUGAAAAAAAACCAAAGUGUACAUAGGAUUUUAAUUUGUUUCACUAAUAAUUGUUAAUAAUAUUAACUCAUCAACUACAUCAAUAUGUGUACAAGUAUGUAUUAUAUUGGUUACAGUCGCACUGUUACGCUUGGGGAGAUUUAUUAUUGGUUAAAUUUGUUGGGAGGUUUAACAGAGUUAUGCAGGACUUUUAAACUAAGCAGCUUGUUAAAGGAAUUGAACCAGCAACGGAGGGUGUGUGUUCAAAGAAAUUCAUACCCACUGUCAGUAUUGAUUGUCUCACCAAGUGCCACAAGAGUGGAGCUAAAUGGUAAGCCAAAGCUCGGGCAGCAGUUGAGGCUUUGGGCAAAAGAGCAGCUCCACCAGUAAAAGAGCAGCGUUUGGUAAAACUACCAGUACCAACACAGGUAUCAAUUUCUAUUCUGAAACCCCUCAGACUAAACAAUGAAGUGUGAUUUUGACUUCUGCCAUAUUUGACCCGACGAAUAAUCCAAUUAGUAUUGUAGGUUGUUGCAGCAAGAUUCCCUUGUUUGCGGGAGGCUUUGGUUUCUUCCAUCCAUGAAGGAAAUUUUAAGUUUCUGUGUAUGUCGUGUAAUAAUAUUGUUCUUACGUGUAAAUAUCAAGAAUAAUUAUUGUUUUAUUUAUCUAAAUCAGGUAUUUAGAUUCUUUACAAUACUGGUAGUUAAUUCUAAAACUAAAACUAGGUUUAAGUUAUAAAUAUGAGUAUUACAUGUACUAAUUUGAUGUCUUCAAAGGCUUGUUGACCUGACCAUGAGUUGAUACCCAAAUGAGAUAAGGUGGAUGUUGUGUACAUGUAAAUGUAAUUUCUAGUUUCAAUAACUGAUAUAGUUUCAAAUUUUACUUCAAUGAUUUGAUCCAUUCCUUAAACUGUCUUCACAGUGGAAAUUUAGUUUAAAAUAUUCAAAGUUCUUUAAGUUGUUGGAAUAAGACUUUACUCUUGAUCCAGCUGCUAUGGAAUUUGUAGGAUAAACAUAGGUUCAGUGCUGUGCUAUAGUUAACUCCUAAACAAACGUGAUUGAGCACACCCAAACCUCGUCAUUUACGUCUUCAGAUCAGACGGCUGUACCAUGUACACUGAACGUGUACCAAGCAUGCCUGAAUAUAAUGUAACUAAGAGUUCAGAGAUCGAUGAUACAUGUAUAGGCUAAGUUUGAAUGUUAACUGCCCGAAGUAGGUUUUACUUGUACAAUUUUGUAAAUAGUUCAAAUUAAUAUAAAAGUCUCAAAUAUGUAUAACUUGUUCAAAUACUAAGGAAAGUUUAUUAUCUGAUUAUGAAGGGUUUUAGUUUCUUGUUUAAGGAUGAGCUGCUUAUAUUCAACGAUGUACGGUACUUCAUUGUAUUUUACAGUUUAUUUCAAAAAAUAAAGUAUUUGCAGCAAA